AUGGCACCGCCGGAACACCCCUUUCCUGUCAGCAAGCUGGAACAAAGAAUUCAUACUUAUUCAGUGGACAUGAAAGAGAAGAAUCGAAAACUAGGCGACUUCGACCUGAAAAGAGAUUGUGAGCUGUUUGAGUUGAUUCAAUAUAGCUGCACUACUCCGGACCAGAUGUAUCAGCAGAGGGUAAAUAGUCCGGAUGGAAAGGGACAGAUGGAAUGUUAUCCGUUUGCAAGAUUGUUUAGAAGGUGCAAGAAGGGUAACCAAGAGUUCAACGUCGAGACCACGGCAUGGGAGGGUGAACUUGCAUGGAAGCCUCCGAAAAUAGCUGCAUCUGCUACAAGCAUAACAAACAACAUGGACAGUCUCGAGUCUCAGAAUACUUUGCAGAAAUACUGGAGUUACUUCUGGUCGCCAAAGUGA